CCACCCAUGCAUCAGUACACGCCUUCAGAGGCACGCGACGCUAGCAGCACCAGCAGGAGCAACUUCCACGAGACGUUUCUUGUUGUACCUGAAAGAAAUACUCUUCGUUAAAGCAUCAACUGCCAAGACAUAAGGAUAAUAACACAAAAGUGACAUUGAUUAACGCCUGUAGGAUAAACACUGCAGCAGCAGCAGCAGCAGCACUCAGCCAUUAAGAACACUAAAUAAGCAGCAAAGUUUUCCAGUGACAGACGAGCACAGCGCCAUGGCUCCCAUCUCCACUCUCGACACCAUGACCUCCACCAUGGGUCACACUGACCUGGGCCACGGUCUCAUGACCUUUGACCUGCCGAUCAGCCGUCGGGGUCACUUCUUCAAGGACUCCUUCUUCGAGAACGCUCAUCAACAGUUCAACAGUACCGUCAGGAACAUUCUGCGGCGCUGGGGCGACACGGACUUCCUGGGUGACCCUAAGCUGUGCCUCUCAGACACCCUGAGUCGCUACCGCCAGCUGCGCACCCACAACCUGAAGGAGGAGGAUCAGGCCGUCACCGUGACAUGUGACGCCGCCAGUCAAAAGAUUGUGAUGGACGUGCACGACUUCGUGGCUGGCGAGGUGAAGGUGAAGGUGGCGGGUGACCAGGAGCUGGUGGUGGAGGGACGCACCGAGACCAAGAAAGGAGACUGGUCAGUGUCCACCAACAGCUUCCGACGACGCUUCUACCUGCCAGUCAACACCGACGUGAAGGCUGUGUCCGCCGUGUUGUCUGACGACGGCAUCCUCACCAUCACGGCCCCACAGAGGGUGGCAGCACUGGAGGCAGGCUCCAUGGAGGUUCCUAUCACCCGGGAGGGAACACAAGCCGCCGCAGUGACAGUGGACACCACAGCCAAGACUGCUGCAUCCGCAAACAAGACCACUGAGACGUCCAGCUGUACAUGCAGCCAGCAACAGCAGACACAGACCAGCCAACAGCAGCAAACACAGACCACCGCCGCUCCCGCCCCUCGGGGACAUAUCAUCCCUAUCCAGGUGGACGCCACGCAGGAGCCGCAAAGUCCCGCCGCAACAUCUACCACCGACACCUCCACCACCAAAGUGGAUGAAAAAUCUCGCGUAGACACCAAAGUUUCCGCCGUCAAGAACAUCUCAGAAACCAUUCGCCGGGCCCAGCAGGCCGUCACCUCCCCGGAACCUGGCUCGCCAAGGCCGAUGUUCGCGCCCCCCUUCCUACGUCGCCGGGACAUCCCCGUCACCACCAGCAGUCUUCUGCCCAUCACCAAGAAAGGAAAAUUCUUCGACGAUGAUUUCUUCAGCAGCAUGAGGCAGGACUUCCAGAAGUCCGUGACUGACGUGCUGAGCCGUUGGGACGAGGGCAGCACCGUGGGCAAUGGCCGCGAUGCCCUCAGCACCCUGGGCAAGUACAGGCAGCUCCGGGAACGCAAGCUUGACGUGGAGAAUCAGGCCGUGACCGUCACCGCUGACCAGUCCAGCCACAAGAUCGUGAUGGACGUGCAGGACUUCACAGCCGGCGAGGUGAAGGUCAAGGCGGCAGGCGAGAGAGAGCUGGUGGUGGAGGGACGCACCGAGACCAAAGACGGAGACUGGUCAGUGUCCUGCAACACCUUUCGCCGACGCUUUCUGCUGCCCGCCAACACUGACGCCAAGGCUGUGUCCGCCGUGCUAUCCGACGACGGCAUCCUCACUAUCACGGCCCCAAGGAAGACACAGGCUCCCUUAAACCAGGGGUCAACGAUCCCUAUUCAGAUGGAAGGCCAAACACAAAUUAAAAUAGAACCCGCUACUCCGUCGAUGCCUGGAACCCCUGCCACUCCCGCUACUCCUGCCACUCCUUCCACUCCCGCCACCCCGCAACAACAGUCUACGCUCAGUUCCACUCAAACUGACGCCCAAGUCAGUGGAUCAGUCGGAACUCUCACAAAGGAAGAAACCUCCUCGCAGACGAAGCAGACUUCCUCCGUGGUCAGCCAGCAGCCGAGCCGCUCCUUCACACCUGGCGGCAUGAUGUUGCCCAUCACGACUCGUGGCCUCUUCUUCGGCGACUCUUUCUUCAAAAACACAUGGCAGGACUUCCAGGAGGCGGUGAGGGACGUGGUCUCCAAGUGGGGCAACAACUCUACUGAAGACGACCUGACGCGCUACACCUCACUGCGCACCGGGGACAUGAAAUAUGAGAACCAGGCCAUCAAGUCCACAGAGGACGAGGCAAACUACAAGAUUGUUGUGGACGUGCAAGACUUCACCCAGGGCGGCAACGUCACGGUGCGCGCCGUGAAGGACCGGGAGUUGGUAGUGGAGGGAAACAUAGAGCAGCAGGAGGGCGGCUCCAAGUUCAGGAAACAGUUCCAUCGUCGCUUCGUCCUUCCUCAAGACAUUUACUCCGAAUCCGUCUCGUCCGUGAUGUCUGCUGACGGCGUACUCACCAUAACUGCUCCUAAAAAGCCGUCCACAUUCCAGCUGAAGGAGGUGAUCUUGCCCGUGGCCAUCGAGGAAGGCGUGCAUAGGACUGACAGCCUCAGCCAGGUGCCCACCCCGGAGGUCAAGUCACCACCCGCCAGUCAGGUCACCAGCCACCCACUUCCUGCUACUCGCCUGGAGGCCAACACAGCCUCCUCGGUGCGCCAGGAGUCGUCGUCCCAGAGCGUCACUUCUGAGUCUACUCACAAGCAGGUGGGCGGGACCCGCGAACACAUCAUUCCCAUGGCGAUGGAGGACACGCACCCCUCGGCGGUGGCAGGUACCACUCAGACACGCCAGGCUGAGAUGAGCCAGACAGUUUCACAGACUCAAGCCGCCGCGGCCACAGAUAACGUCCAGACACAGAGCAGCGCAGUACAGCAGUCUGAGCAGGGCUCUCUCAAGCUGGUGCCCAUCACGCUCAAAGGAGCCUUCCUCAGCGAUUCCUUCUUUGACGAUGCCAGGCGCCGCUUCGAGGCCCUCACUCAGCGCUCCGACGCCACCUCCUCUCUCGCCUCUAACCGCAGCCUGCUGAGGAGGAACUUCCGUCUGGCUGAGCAGGAGGCUCAAGUGGAAGAGGACGCCAGCGCCCUGAAGGUCACUCUUGACGUCACCGACUUCAUCGGCGGCGAAGUGAAGGUGGGUGUGGAGGGCGGCCGCUCCCUGGUGGUGGAGGGACAGACUUCCUGCGAGGAAGGAACCUCAUCAUCCUCCCGCAACUUCAGGCGUGUGUUCUCCCUGCCGCCCCAGGUGGACGUGGCGGCAGUCAACUCAGCACUGUCCUCUGACGGUAUCCUCACCAUCGUGGCCCCCAAGAAGGGCGAGGGCAAAGAGUCUGAGGGCUCCUCCUCAAAGUCCUACAGUAGUUCCUACUCGAGUACUUCCCAGCAGCAGUACUCCUCCCAAAAUGUCUUCUUGUCAAAGAAAAGACGUCCAUUGCACAUUUUUGUUACUUUCACGCGACCAACGCAUGGCUGCCGCAGCCAGGCAGCCCCUGCCUACUUCAGGCGUCCGCAGCCGCCGUCAACGCAGCACUCGGCAACAAUUCGACAGAUAGAGGCAGCGCGACAAGGUCUCCCACAGACUCACUCAGCUCGGCCACGGGGAGGCGAGCGCCACACAGACACACACCGACACACAUACACAAGGAAAGGUCGUGGAUCAAAGGUUGCUGGGAACACUCAAGGACUGUCAGCAAUGGCGCCAAUCUGUGGCGGCUCCCUUGCCUUUCCCAUGACCUUCUGUUCGUCGGUGAGCCAGUGCCCUUGCUGUCUGUGGGACGACGCGAUGGACCUGAGCCUCCCCGUGUGGCGUAAAGGACUCUUCCUGCAGGACUCUUUCUUCCAGUACGUGUACGAAGCAUUUGAAAAUGCAGUGAGGGAGAUUCUGCAGCGGUGGGGCGAGACAGACUUCCUGUUGAACCAGUGGCAGGAUCCAAAGCUUCGUUUCUCAGACACCCUGAGUCGCUACCGCCAGCUGCGCACCCACAACCUGAAGGAGGAGGAUCAGGCCGUCACCGUGACCUGUGAUGCCACCAGUCAAAAGAUUGUGAUGGACGUGCACGACUUCGUGGCUGGCGAGGUGAAGGUGAAGAUGGCUGGCGAACAAGAGCUGAUAGUGGAGGGACGCACCGAGACCAAGACAGAAGACUGGUCAGUGUCCACCAACAGCUUCCGCCGACGCUUCUACCUGCCAGUCAACACCGACGUGAAGGCUGUGUCCGCCGUGUUGUCUGACGAUGGCAUCCUCACCAUCACGGCCCCACAGAGGAUGGGAAGUGUUGCUCCCCACACGAUAAUACCAAUCAGGCUUAGCGGCGGCAGGCAGCAGGUCGGGGAGAGUUGGGGACCGGUGCACCCUGAGUGGUCCCCCAGGCCCGCCGAGGUGCUCCUGCAUCCCAGAGUCAGCGAAUUAAUGGGAAAGAAAACGAGCCGCCAGAGUAACGGCGUGAGGAAUCCAGACGCGGUACCGAGGAAUUUGAGUCUGUCAGCCGUGCACAAUAUCCCCGCCUUGCCCAUCCCCAAAAUGGGUAUGUUCUUCAGCGACCCUUUCUUCCGCGACGCUUGGCUGGACUUCCAGGAGGCGGUGCGGGAUGUGCUGGCCAGAUGGGGCGACCUGCCGCUGUCUGACGACCCUUUGGCGCAGUACAGGAACCUUCGCACGCGUGACCUGCGGGGCGAGAGCCAGGCCGUGCGGUGGACCGAGGACCAGGCGGCGCACAAGUUCGUGCUGGACGUACAGGACUUUAGCAGCCGCGGCGAGGUGGCGGUGCUGUUCGUGAGCGAUCGGGAGGUGGUGGUGGAGGGACGCGUGGAGGAGCAGGGCCAGUGCAGCAGCGCCUGUAGAAGAUUCCAGAGACGCUUCCUUGUGCCGGGUCCUGUUGAGCUGCAGGCGGUGACUUCUGUGUUGUCUGCUGACGGGGUGCUCACCAUUACCGCGCCGAAGAAGCAGGUGACGACCCCCGCCCCACAACUCCCCGAGAGGCAGCCCGUUAGGAUCCUGCCCGGCCCUGAGGAGUGGGCGGACUGCUUCCCCACCCACAGGCCGCCCCCAGCACCCCGGCGCGUCAACACGGAGCCCACGCCGCGUGUUGACUCCCCCACGCCCAGUGUCCAAUCUAACGACUCCUGCGACUCCGAGGGAAGACUGUGGACCUUCUCGCCGCCUCCUGACUGUGGCUCCUUGACUAUUGAGGAGGUGGAGGAGUAGCACGCCAUUCUCACGAUCUCACUCCUCACCCUCACCACGCCUUCACUCUUCACCACACUAACCACGCCCUUACCAGAAUUCGCCACGUCUUCCCUCUUAGUUUCCCUUCACUACGCCCACAAAACACCCUUCCCAACACCAUCAUAAGCAAUAUUCUCACGCUACCUUGCCCACAGCCUCACCUAACCCUCUUACCAGGUCCUUUUUUUUCUCAUUCUCUCCUCACUAUGUCCCUACCUCACCCUUAAGUCUCCCAUCUCUACGCUCCACUAACAUCACCAGGUCGCCUCAUCCAAAUCAUGACGUUUUAUACACACUGAGAUUCGUUAUUUAUAAGAUUCGUUACCGUAUUCAUCUAUAUUAGACGUCUAAGUAGUCAUUUAUUUAUAUUAGCUGUUUAUACGAUUCGCCGUCCAUUUGUGUACAUAUAGAUACGUACGUAAUGUGUAUUUAUAUUCGCUGACGUUUACAUCGAUACAGAUAAAUAUAUUUUUUGUCAUAUA